GUGUAGUAGUCGGCCGCAGUGCUUUCGACUGGUCGCCUUCGCAAUACGGUUUACCUGAACUGUUCUGUCAAAAUAUCGCACUGAAUAAUGCUUCUGUAGUGUACAGUGAAUAGUGUCGUUUUAGUGUCUUAUUCGUUCCCAAGUGACAGAGUCGGAUAUUCCAGCCCAGUUACCUCAGAAAAACAGAUAUAUCAACAUGAGGUCGUAAUUUUUAUGUACGGAGUGUAUAUUGAAUCGGAUUAUUCGUAAAACAUAAUGGAGUGGAAUCCCGGAGAUUUGAUUUGGUUCGAUCCAGGCUUGGGUCACUCGAUUCCUGGAGAAGUUCAAGAAUGCCAUAAAAGUGCCAAUGUUAUUACAGUUCAAGCUGUUAUUAGUGGAAAGGCGCAAACCUUUGCCCUCCAAGAUGGCGAAGGAAACGUUAGAAGACGACAGGAUUUGGGUUCCGGAGGUGUGGAAGACAUGAUUCAACUGAGUGACCUACACGAAGCCGCUUUGUUAUGGAAUUUGAAACUAAGGUACGACCGGAACUUGAUCUACACGUACGCAGGAAGCAUCCUUGUGGCGGUGAAUCCUUAUCGGAUGUUCGAUGGCUGCUACGGCAUAGAAUCUGCUCAAAAAUACAAAGGGAAAAUGAUAGGAGCUCUUCCGCCGCACUUGUUUGCAUCGGCUGCGGCAGCGUAUGCUGCAUUGCCAUUUCCACAGGUUGUUGUAAUCAGUGGAGAAAGUGGAUCUGGCAAAACUGAAUCCACCAAACUGGUAAUGCAGUAUUUAGCUGCAGUAGCGCCUUCUGCUCCACGAGGUCAGGCUCUCGUCACUGAGCAAAUUCUGGAAGCAACGCCAUUACUGGAAGCUUUCGGCAAUGCCAGAACUGUGAGGAACGAUAACAGCUCACGAUUUGGAAAAUAUCUAGAAGUUUAUUUCAAAAAUGGAUCCAUUAUAGGUGCCAAAAUAACUCAAUAUCUGUUGGAGAAAUCAAGAAUAGUAACUCAAGCUCCAGGAGAACGAAAUUAUCAUGUAUUCUAUGAACUUCUGGGUGGACUAACAAACAACGAUAAGCAGAAAUAUGGUUUGAUUGAACCUGAUAAGUACUUCUACUUAAAUCAAGGAGGAAGUGACUGUUCUCCUGGUCAUUCCGGUUCCGGAGCCGAUUGGAAAGCGCUAACUAGGGCAAUGGAGGUACUCGGAGUGAGCGAAAACGAACAGGAAGGCAUUGUCAAGGUGUUGGCUUCGGUACUGCAUCUAGGAAACAUUUACUUUCAUAGGAGGCAACUCAGGCACGGCCAGGAAGGUGUGGAAGUGGGUUCCGAUGUGGAAAUCAAGUGGGCAGCGCAUCUCUUGCAGAUUUCCGCCACCGGUCUGCAGAGGACUCUAACUUCACGCAUAACGGAAGCCCGCGCAGAACGCGUUUUCUCGCCGUUGAGCAUAGACCAAGCAUUGGACGCGCGCGAUGCUUUUGCCAAAGCCUUGUACUCUGCAUUGUUCCAUUGGUUGGUAACCCGUGUAAAUUCCAUCAUUCAACGAGGAGGCUUACAAGAUGCCGCAAGAAUCUCCUUGCUGGACAUUUUCGGAUUCGAAAAUUUGAACGAGAAUUCCUUCGAGCAGCUGUGCAUCAAUUUCGCUUCGGAGUCGUUGCAGCUGUAUUUCAACAAGCACGUGUUUAAACUGGAACAACAGGAGUAUGCGAAAGAAAGACUGGAAUGGACUAACUUGACUUGGAGUGACAAUACACCAGUUAUUCAGCUAUUAGGAAAGAAACCUGUUGGAAUCUUCCAUCUUCUCGACGAUGAAAGCAACUUUCCCAAAGCAUCAGACAGCUCAUUCCUGGAAAAGUGCCACUACAAUCAUGCUCUAAACGAAUUUUACUGUAGACCUAGAGUGGGUGGUAGGGAAUUUGGAAUCCGCCAUUUUGCUGGUCAAGUUUGGUAUUCCGUUGAUGGAUUUCUGGACAAAAAUCGAGACAUUUUAAGACCUGAAGUCAUAGAACUUCUUACUUCCAGCAAAGAACCUUUAGUAGGUGCCAUUGCCAAACCUUUAAGUCAUCAGUCGCAAAGUAGGACACUACCAAAAGGAACCAAUGGACGGUUUGUUACUAUGAAACCUAGAACACCUACUGUAGCAGCCAGAUUUGGAGACAGUCUUCAGCAACUUCUAGAAAAUAUGUCUAAGUGUAAUCCUUGGUUUGUGAGAUGCAUCAAACCUAAUAACGACAAAACACCAAUGAAGUUUGACAUGCCUGUCGUUAUGGAACAGAUGAGAUAUGCCGGAAUGUUGGAUACUAUUAAAAUUAGACAAUCUGGAUAUCCUAUCAGAAUGAAAUUUCAUCAGUUCGUUGAAAGAUAUAGGUAUCUGCUUUCGGGAAUACCAAGAGGUGCGCCAUACAGAGAUUUAUGUAGGGCCAUUUUAGAACAGAUGCCUCACACAGGAACAGAUGGACCAGAUUAUCAAUUAGGAGCAACUAGAGUAUUUUUGAGAGAAAAUCUAGAACGUUUACUAGAGUUGAAAAGGGGAGAUUCACUCAAAGGUGCAGCUGUUAUUAUACAAAAGAAUAUCAAAGCGUAUCUUGCAAGAAAGAAGUACAAGAGGCUUAAGAGAAGCGCAGUUACAAUACAAAAACAUUGGAAAGGUUAUAAGCAACGAAGAGAUUUCAAUAAAAUUAAAAAAGGUGUUGUCCGUGCUCAAGCCUUGUACAGAGGAAGAAAAGAAAGGAAGUUGUAUGAUAGAAGAAAGGCAGAAUUUAAACGACGCGUUGAAGCUGAAAGAAUCGCCAAAGAAAGAGCCAAGCAACGCGCAGCUAGGGAAGCCCAACUUCAAGCCCAAGCUCAGAAAGCAAACGCUACAGCUAAGGCGGCCGCUGCUAGGAAUGAUAGUAAGACAGCAGUUAAUCAUCUGGAGAUACCAGCCGAACUUGCAUUCAUUUUUUCAAAACUCGAUGGUUAUACUCCUCCUCAUAGCGAACGUAACUUGGUAAAGGUUUUGGGAGGAGUAACAGGAAGUCUACCACCUCUAUCACUUCCUCACGAUCUUAACCAAUUUGAAUUCUCCAAAUUCUCAUCGGUGUACUUCAAAGAUUCUGACCUGCAUUAUAAAAAAGAUCCCAUCACAACACCUUUCCUUUCUAAAGCGGCAGCAAGAGAUCAAGAUUUUCAAGACGCGGUGGCACUGUUCAAGCUCAUUCUGAGGUGGUCGAACGAUCCACAGCUCGGAGGUCCAAGAGAAAAAGCUCUGGCUGAUUACAUGAUCUACAAGGGUUUGAACUCGAGGGGUUUACGAGAUGAGCUUUUGGUGCAACUGUGCAACCAAACCUGGAAAAAUGAGAACUCGGAAAGGGUUUGGCAAUUGAUGGCUCACAGUCUUAGCAGCUUCCAACCCAGUCCUCCUCUUAGCAAAUAUCUUUUGAAGUUUAUUACCGAUCAUGCUCCGAGUAACAUGAAGGAAACACUACAACGAAAAUUAACUAGAAGUUUACAGAGGGCUCCUCAUUCCCGAAAUAUGCCUCCUAGUUUACUAGAAUGGAAAAGUAUCAGGCAGAAGACAAAUUGCGCUUUAACUUUGACUAUGUCUGAUGCUACUGUAUCGACAGUGAACGUCGACUCAUGGUCAACUUGUGAAGAAGCCGCAUUCUUAGCUAUGUCAGCUUUUGGAGUGGCACCUGAAGGCUGGACAGUUAUUAUGGACGAUGCCGGCGUAGUUUAUGAAGGAAACGGCCUAGAUUAUAUAUUUGACUUAGUAUCGGAAUUAGAGCUAUGUCCCGCAUUCCCUGUUCAAAAAUCCAGCUUAUUAAAAACAGGAAGCAGAAAGAGUUUCCCUCAGGAAGUAGAUCAUCAUACAGCAACGACAUUAACUAGACCCCAAGUACCACCACCCGAACCACCCAUUAACGCAACACGUAAGAUAUCCAGAGAACCGCCCAGAGAAAUACCCAGAUCCUCCCCACCAGCACCUGUUAUCAGUUCUCGCCAAAGCUCGAGAAAAUCUUCUAGAGAAGUCACACAGAAUAUUGAUACUAGAUAUAGCCCUAGCAACAGAGGCUCACCCGUUGUUAAUCAAGUUAAUUCUCCAGUAAGAAAGGCAUCUCACGAGGCUCUAUCUAGAACGUCUGCUCUGAAUGAACGAUAUUUCGAUGCUGAAAAAAUUCGUUCAAGAAGUCUGGAUAAUCUCUUGGGCGAUGCACCAGAACCAAAUCCAUUGAUAGAAUUAGGUUUAUCGCAAACUUCUAAAUUGAACGAAAGGUAUCAUUCUGUAGAACAGUUAGCACCUAUACAGCCGGUAAUGAAUCAUCAAAAUUACAUGUCCAAACAAGAAAUUGAAUUUGAGUAUCCAGAUAUAGUCAGUGUGAGUACGUCUCACAGAGAUAGGGGAGGCCCAAGAUAUAUUAAAUCUCAAUAUGCUGGAAAGAAAGGUCCUCCAGGUUCACAUUCGAGCAAGUAUUUUGAAAAAUCCGAAUUUGCGGUUCGAAGCUCAGCAAUGUCCGAUACAAGUGAAGCUCCAAGUUUGGCGUCGCACGUAAGACGAGUUAGGGUACCUUCACAAGCCAGUGAUGUAGAUCAGUUUUUGGAUGAAUUGUUCAGUCCGGUUUUGGAUGGUAAUUUGGAUGAAUUGUCUGAUGCUAGAUCGCUAGCGGCUAGUAUCAAAGGAGGCAAUGGAGUUAAUAAUAAUAAAUCCUUACAUGAAGAAACCGAUGAUUAUAUUGAAGGAUUAGAUGAAUUCAUCGACGAUAUUUUGGGAAACGUAUCUGAUCCAAACAUUGAUGAACUAACAAAUGCCUCUGGAAUGGUUUUGAGAAUUAAAGGAGGAGGACAUAGAGAUAGGAGUAACAGUCAAGUUAGUGAAAGAAGUUCAGUACUAGAUCAGGAAGUAGAAAAUAUUACAACACCCCAAUCCGUUCCUUCCGGUUCAAACACCAACGUAGACGAUUACAUUAGUGACCUCUUCCGACCAAUCUUUAUCAACGAUAGUUUAAAAAAUCUCACAGAAAAACAUAACUUGGUAGAAUCCAUUAAAGGCGGUGGAUCUACCCAAAGUGGAGCCUCUUCUUCAAGUUUUAAUUUUCCCAGUAUCCCAGCUCCCAUUAUGAGUCCCGCACCUUUAAUGAUGCCAUUGAUCAGCUCACCUCAAGAAGGAUUUGUGCCCGUAUUCAACGUGCCUUCAGUAGGAAUGAAUGGUGUGCCGCAAGGUAGUCCCGAUUUAGCUGCUUAUCAACAAAACCUGCAAAGGGCGUUCUUGCAAAGUGCAAUGGCUCAAAAUAUUCAAAUCCAACAACAGCUUUUGGCUCAAAAUCAAGCUCUACAACAGCUGUUAACGCAGAGCGUUACCAGUGGAAGCGAUUUAAAUGUUAAGGUGACUGAAACUAUUCAAACGACUGUGAAAGCUCAAGUUCAUCCAUCACAAUCGCCUCAUAAUAGAAAGUCUAGUUUUAUUAAAUCAGGAAAUAAUUCCAAUAUAUUAAGGAAGUCUAGUUCACCAAGUGCUGCAUCUAUAGAAAUUAAAUCGCGAAAAAGCUCUGACUCGAAUCAGAGCUUCACAAGUAAAAAUGGCAUACCCGCACCUCCGCCUAUGCCACCACCAAUCGACGAAUGCGACCCAAGCGAAACUAGACCUUUCAUGGACCCCUAUGGAAGAGCCAAGACUGUAAGAAUAGGUAAAUGGAGAUGGCCACCUCCAAAAGGAGAAACUAAUCACGAGAACAGUGAGGACUUCAUUCAGUUCAAAAUGAGGCAGAACCAAAGGAAAUUGACUCCUAACAAAGAUCAAAUCACCACCGUUACUAACGGACAUAUGUCUGCCAAAAUGGAGGCAGCCAAUGAUUGGGAUGAAAUUGACUUUGAACCUAUAGUUAAAGAAACUGAACGAGUAACAAAAACUUCAAAGAAAGCUUUUGAAAUUGGGGCAUCUAGACCAUCUCCAGGAAGUAUUGGAAAAAUUAAAUUAAGUACAGAAAUGAAGCAACGCUUGGAACGUGUUACGGCCAACCAUUCUGUGAGGUCCACUAGCAGCAGCAAAAUUGACAAACCUUCUAGAACUGUUAAUAAGUUGGAAGAUACUAGAAAAAUGAUGUUAGAACAACAGUUGGCAGGCAGAUGGGAUGAUAGUAACAGUAACGUUAGUGGAAAAUCUAGUCCAGAAUCGAACCAUCACAGUGCUCAUAACGGAAAUAAAUCCCCGACGCAGCAAAGCUGGGCAAGCAGCGGUUGGAAACCUGGUCCUCCACCUCCUCCGAUAGGACCAAACUCCCUACCUCCUGCUCCUCCAGAACCAGCACCAUCGCCUCCUGUUGGCCGGUCAAGUCAACCCCCUCCACCCGUGGAACCGGUUAGGGAUAGCUUUAAAAGCCACAGAGAAUUCUUGUCUCAAAAACAAGAUCGGGAUCAGCAAUCCUCCUUCAUGGCGCAACGUCAAGACAGAGAUACCUUCGGAGUUCAUCAGAACAGAGUAAUGAAUCACAAUAAUUCGAAGAGGAAUUCGUUCAGUGCCAAUUGGGAAGUGCAAAGCAGCAUUACUGAAACCCACCAUGACGCAACCAGUUGGGCUCACGAAGAUAGCGAUAGGCAUGACGGAAGGAUAUCUAGGGAUAGUUGGGAUAUGGCAGAUUCCACUACAAUUACGUCCAUAGAUGCACGUGAAGUUGAGAGAAGGUGGGACAGGGACGACAGGAAAUACGACAAAUCCAAGAACCAAAGCAAGGAACCUUCUGAAAGACCGACAUUCAGGACUCACCAGUUGAAUAAGAGCGCGCUAGAACGGGAAAAGAAGCAUUCUUUAGCAUCGACUGCAAUGACAGAUAAGACUGACAGACAUGAAGUACAAGAAUGGCCGGAAUUUAUGCGCCCAAUCAAAACUCCACCAUCCAAGUCACCUGUCAAUAAUCAGCCGAGCACAGAAGAUGUAGAAGAACCUAGAUCCCCAACCAGUCCAAAUCGACUGCUACCAUUGGGCACCUCAGCCUACGUCACUUACAAUAGAGUCUCCUGGCUCUUGAGAGUCAGAAAGGAGUACUUCUCUCCUUCAGAACCACUUGGUCCACUAAAUGCCCUUCAUCUGAUCUUCUGUCAGAUAGCAGCUGACGUGUAUGGCGUUACUCCAUGCAUAAGACUAACAGCCAACGAAAAACGAGCUGGUGUCAAUAUGUUAUCCGGAUAUGGAGUUACAGCGGAGAAUUUCACUAGUUCCCAUAGGGCGAAUAUCAAGAGGAACGUUAUUGAACUGGCAAGAACGUGGCCUUUAUACUUCUCCAGACUAUUUCCCGUUUCUGGAGCAGCUCAGCUCUCCGAAGUUCAACUUAUUGCAGUCUCACAUUGGGGCGUCCACUUGGUGAAAAGAGAAUCGACAAAUCUACAGGUGAUCAAGUCAUUUCCUCUAAACGAAAUAUCUGCCUGUACCGCUCCAAGACCAACCACAGUUAGUUUCGAUGGACCUCAAGGAAAGAUCGCUUUACACACUCCAAGAGCCCAGCAACUGUCGGAAAUGGUUACGAGAUUUUGUGGUGAAUAUCGAAAGAUUCAAGCAAAGGCACAACGCAGCCGUUCUCCUGUUCACGAACGUCUGGACAUUAUGUCCAACGUUAGUCCUAAAUCCAGAGAAGAACUGUCACCGACCAGACACAUUUCAAGGGACGAGAGUAGGGAUGGGGCUAGGUCUCCAAGCAGUCCGGUACCGCAUGCUGGAAAGUACUCCUUGAUGCAGUUUGCGAUGCAAAAUUUCCGACAGUUGUCAGAUUUAGAACAACAAAGAAUGGACACACCACAACAGAAAUCUAAACAAAAAUCCAAAGAAUGGACGUGGAAACAACAAACCGACGUAAUAAAGUGGCAGGGAGGUCCACUGGAUGGUCCUCUUCUAAAAUUAGAAGAUCCAGAACUGACUCCUUUAGCAAUAGAAUGUUUCGACUGUAUUCUGAAGUAUUGUGGAGAUCAACCCUUAACACCCGAUAUGUCUGAAGUCAAAUGUGUCUACACAGUACUAAUGCACUGCCACAAGUACGCGGAACUCAGAGACGAAGUUUAUUGCCAAUUGAUGAAGCAGACCACUAGUAACAAAUCUGAGUCACCUGAAUCCAGUCAAAGGGCAUGGAGGUUACUAUCGAUAGUAGCUGCGUAUUUUGCGUGUUCGGAAAAUCUUUUACCCUAUCUGAUGGAGCAUUUGGCUAGUGCUGCAAAUGAUAGAAGAAGAAUCUGUCAUGGUACUGCUGCUGUGUGUGUUACUAACUUAAGAAAGACUCAGAGAUGUGGUGGAAGAAAGAAUGUUCCUUCAGUGGAAGAAGUUACUGCUGUUAGUGCCGGUCGUAGUGCUAGAAGACAAAUUUAUCGAUUACCUGGUGGUGCAGAAAGGGUAGUAAACACUCGUUGCAGUACGGUUGUAGCUGACGUCAUUCAAGAACUUUGCGGACUUAUUGGUGUUAGUAGCGAGGCCGAACAACAAGAGUUUAGUCUGUAUUGUAUAGUCCAAGGUGACGCUUUUACCAUGCCCUUAGCUGCUGACGAAUAUAUUUUGGAUGUUACGACGGAACUUCAUAAAUCAGCUCAGCCAUUCUACUUGAUAUUCUGUAGAUCUGUUUGGUAUCAUCCGCUCAAGCAUGAUGCUAGUCCUCUUUACACUGAAGUUCUGUUUAAUCAAGUGGCUCCUGACUAUUUAGAAGGAUUACUUCUCCGUCUAGGAAACCCAAACCUACCUCCAAGUGUUGUUCGAGAUAUGGCUCUAGUAGCAGCUCUUCUUCAUAGAGCUGCCGAUCUUGGUCACUCACCUAGUCUGAAAGAAGUAAAAUUCUUAUUGCCGAAGCCUGUCCUUGGUCUAAGAGAACCAAGACCACCACAGUGGUUGGCGUUGGUGCAAACAAGUUGGGGACAAGCCGCCGGCAUGUCCGUAUCGAGAGCUAAACUGCGAGUAUUACAAGUUUUGAGCAGUUGGCCUCUAUUUGGAAGCUCGUUCUUUGCCGUUAAGCGUGUUGUCGGAGAACCCGAACACUGGCAGGAACACAUACUAGCACUCAACCGAGGAGGAGUCCAUUUCCUGGACAUGGGCACGCACGAAACAUUGCAACACUGGCCUUUUGCCGAAGUGAUCAGUACCAGGAAGGUCCGCUCCGAAGAUGGCGCCCUAUUCCUCGACAUGAAAUGUGGCAAUCUCUUGCAACAACGGGUCACUAGAUUGCAAACCGAACAGGCACACGAAAUAUCAAGACUUGUUAGGCAAUAUAUUAAUUUAGAACAGGAGCACAGUAGUAGAAAGUAGACAACUGCAUAGGAAACACGGAUUUUAUUUGCAUUCAAAGGAACAGGGUUGUAAAUCAUUUCAGUAGCAUCUUGAGCAUUCUAUGAUUAAAACUGUAAUAUCAGUUUUAUAAUUUCUAAAAUAGUAAUGGAUAUAUUACGAUUAUGCAGGGGUGGUCCAAACUGUAUUAGGGAAAAACUGUCAGCAUAUUUUGCAGAUAAAAAUAAGUAAAAAAGUUCGUAUAAAUUUCUGUCCUAAAAUGCUUCGUUUCGGAGGUACAGGGUGAUUACAUUUUGAUUUCAUUUUUUUUUUCAAAUAAUUUCUGAACUAUGGUCGAUAUGUGAAUAAAAAUUGGUGGCUGGAUAUUUUUUGAUAUGAGAAAUACGAUUUCGAUGUUAGUAUGACUCCUACUUGUAGGUGGCGCCACCUACAUAUUUUUAGCCUGCCUUGAAAAGUAAUAACUUUUCGUCCGUACUUGUAUA